UUUAUUGCCAAAGAAUAUUGAGUAGUAUUUAAAACUAACAAAAUGUUUAUAACAAGAUUUGUAUUGAUGUUUUUUUAUUUAACGUGUAAUGAAAUCAUAUUCACAAAGAAAAUUGAAGAAAUAUUUACAUGUGCGAAUGAAACAGAAUGCGAUGAGCUAGUAGAAAAAGAUACAUUAGAAGAAUCACUUAGUACUACAGCUGAAAGUCUUCGUAAUUCAACUAGUGCUGACACUAGUAAUUUUGCAUAUACAACACAAAUUACAAAAAUCCAAACAUUACCAACUAUGGAAACACCCCAUAAAGUUGAGUAUAAUAAUGGAACAAGAAAUUUCACUGUAAAUAGAAUACAGUCUGAUGUAUGCGAAUGUGAUUUAACAACAUCAUCUUGUGACAUCAAUUGCUGUUGUGACACGGAUUGUAAUGAUUUUCAUUUAACAGUUUUUUCACAUUGUGAAAAUCACCAGGCAGAAUUAUAUGAUAAACGUUACUGUUACACUAAAAAUUUUAUAGAACGAAAUAAUACACCAUUUAUACUUGAAAAAUUGGCAAACAAUCUUUUUUGUAUUUUAUAUGACAAUCUUCCACCUACAUACAAUGAUAAUAAUAAUUUGGAUAUACAGACUGAGAAAGAUUUAAGAGAAGCGAUGAACCCAAAUAGAUUGAAAUGGAAGUGGGAAGACCAAUUACAUGUACCUGAAUAUACUACUUCUAGUCCUUAUCAAGAUGGUGACAUUAUAUGGAGAAUAUAUAACAAUUAUAUUCAACCUUUUGAACUUCUACAGUCUGGCUUCACUGAGUUGUGUGCAUUCAAGAAAACCUUAAAAUAUCUUCGUGAGUGGAAAGAACAAUGCUUACAAACUGAUUUGAUUAAUACCAACCAGUAUCUUUUUCCAAUGGCAUUUAAUAAUUUUACUAUUAUUACUUCUCCUCAUUUGUUAAAUGCAACCUAUAUUGGCAUGUCAGAUCAGGUUUGUCCCAAGAAUGUGUGUUUAACAUUAACUAAUUACUAUUGUAAGCAUUCUUGGCAAGCAUGUAAUACAACAAUCAUAUCAGGAUCUUGUUUCAAUGGUACAUGUUACAACAUUGUAACAGGUGUAAAAUAUUUGAUUGUUCACAAUGGUACUAUGGGAAUUAACAGCAUUAAUGUAUAUUUUAAUAUAGAUAACGUUUCUCGAAGUUUUUAUCAACAAUUUGAGGUAGUUUAUGAAUGGGUUGAACUGGAUAAAGAAAAAAGUUUUUCUCUUAGUGGUAAUCCUGGUUAUAUUUUGGGGAAGCCACUUAUUAUUGGUACUUUAAAUAUAAAUAAGACUAAUAACGCGAAGACUAUCAAUUUUAAUAAAACUGAUAGCUUUUUAACAUUGCCUAUAGCUAGAAAAGGUGGUGAAUGUAACGAAACAACUAGAUAUACUCUUGCCUUUGGAGAAGAUGUUAAAUUAAGAUGUUCCGUAUCUUUACCUAUCAAUAACUUUAAUACAUCGUCUUGUACAGAAUUACAAAAUCGCACUAUGCAUUUCUUGAUGAAGGAUUCUUUGUUUAAUGUUACUCAGACUAAUCAAUAUAGUAUUUAUGUUUCAAAGUCAGGCAAUUUUACUAAAAAUAAUACAGCUGAUUGGGCACAAAUUUUACUUGAUAGAGUACCUCAAAAUAUUGUGACAGGGAAAUUAAUUAAUGACCGUUUACAGUGUUUAGGAUUAAUAACUUCAAUACACUUAAAUGUUUUGUAUUCUGCCUUAAAGAAACCUGAGAGUUUGACUAAUUAUAAUAUAUUAGGAGUAGGUAUUAAUUUUUCUAACGAAUCUAACGUAUCAUGGUCAACAUGUUCAACUAAAAAUUGUACAAACAUACUUAAAGUAGAUAUCGUUAGUUACGUUACAUUUCAUGAUGUGUCGAGGCCGUCCAAAUAUUACUUUGUAGGAGGUCCUAAUUUGGAUCUCACCUUACCGUAUGAUUUUUUUUAUCCUUUUCUAAGUAGUUCAAAGUGUAUUACAUCAAGUAUAUUUUUAAUAAGCAGUGUGGUGACCAUAGUAAUUUUACACAGUUCCUUUUAUUGA